GCAGCAGCGCAUCCUCCUCCUCCAGCAGGGAAGGCGACGGCAGAGCUUGAACGAGUGCGUCGAAGGGAGGAGGGGGGAGUCGCUGCUGUGAGGGGAGUAAAGGGGAGCGGCCUGGCCGGCGAGAAAGCAGCAGCUGCAGCAGCAGGAGAAGAGCAGGAGGAGAAGGAGUGAGAGAGAGAGAGAGAAAGAAAGAAAGAAGGCGGCCGUCGUCUGCUCAUCUGAGGGGGCUACGUGAGGGCAGCCGGCGAGUGGGAGGGGCCUCGCUGUUGUAUUCCGUACAGCCGCCGCCGCUUCUGCUCGUGUGAAGACAACCCCCCUCCUCAGUCGCCCCUGCGCCCACUACGCCCCUCCCUUCCCUGUGGGGAUGGCGGUGCUGGAUCUGGCCCUGGAGGGACUCGCCGUCUUCGGACUUACUCUUUUCGUGGUGCUGUGGCUCAUGCACUUCAUGUCUAUCAUCUACACGCAUCUACACCUCAACAAGAAAGCAACAGACAAACAGCCAUAUAGCAAGCUUCCAGGAGUUUCACUUCUUAAGCCCUUGAAGGGUGUUGAUCCAAACCUCAUCAACAACUUAGAAACAUUCUUUGAACUGGAUUAUCCAAAAUAUGAAGUGCUCCUUUGUGUACAAGAUCAUGAUGAUCCUGCCAUUGAUGUGUGUAAAAAGCUCCUUGGCAAAUAUCCCAAUAUUGAUGCAAGGCUAUUUAUAGGUGGUAAAAAGGUUGGGAUAAAUCCAAAGAUCAACAAUUUAAUGCCAGCAUAUGAAGUUGCCAAAUAUGACCUCAUAUGGAUCUGUGAUAGCGGUAUUAGAGUAACUCCAGAUACGCUAACUGAUAUGGCCAACCAAAUGACAGAAAAGGUUGGACUGGUCCAUGGCCUGCCCUAUGUAGCAGACAGACAAGGCUUUGCUGCCACUCUAGAACAGGUAUAUUUUGGCACUUCCCAUCCAAGGACAUAUAUUUCUGCUCAUGUAACUGGUUUCAAAUGUGUAACAGGAAUGUCUUGCUUGAUGAGAAAAGAUGUCUUGGAUCAAGCUGGAGGACUUAUUGCUUUUGCACAGUACAUUGCUGAGGAUUACUUUAUGGCUAAAGCAAUAGCUGACAGAGGCUGGAAGUUUGGAAUGGCCACACAAGUUGCAAUGCAAAACUCUGGCUCCUAUUCAAUUUCCCAGUUUCAAUCCAGAAUGAUCAGGUGGUCCAAGCUACGGAUCAACAUGCUUCCAGCCACAAUAAUCUGUGAACCAAUAUCUGAGUGCUUUGUAGCAAGUUUAAUUAUUGGAUGGGCAGUCCACCAUGUGUUCAGAUGGGAUAUAAUGGUGUUUUUUAUGUGUCACUGUUUGGCAUGGUUUAUAUUUGACUACAUUCAACUCAGGGGUGUCCAGGGUGGUGCACUGUGUUUUUCAAAACUUGACUAUGCAGUUGCAUGGUUCAUCAGAGAGUCUAUGACGAUAUACAUUUUCCUCUCGGCUUUGUGGGAUCCUACAAUUAGUUGGAGGACAGGACGCUACAGAUUACGCUGUGGAGGCACUGCAGAGGAGAUCCUUGAUGUAUAGCCACAGCUUUGUGACUGUGUAUUUCAAGAAAAGAAAAAAAAGGAGAAAAAAGAAAGUAUUAUAAAUUAUGUUUAUAUAAAUGCUUUUAAAAGAUCUACCUUCAAUAGUUUUAUUACCUGUAUGUUUUCGUAUCUGUUCUUUAAUUUAUUUUGCAUGGCACUUGCAUCUGUGAAAAAAGUACAUCUGUAGUCUUGGCCAAAUGGUACCUUGUUUUUAUGUACAAAUCAAAUCAAGAGAAUUGGUUCCAGGAUUCAUAUUUCUUAGGAAUGUUCUGCAGCAAGCUCUAAAGACAGUAUCUUUCAGUAUAGUAAAAACUACUCUCUGUUAAUCAAAGGAUAUGAUCCACUGGGAAUAUCUUCUACACAGGUCCAUUGGAAAUAAAUGGGAGUUGUGAAAGGACAGCUAUGAAUUUGUCCCAAAUGGAUUGUACCAUUGAAAGGCUAACAACAUUUUUGUACAAGUGCAGUUAGCUUUGGAAAGCACAAGUGGUGGGGCACAAGGAGAGAAGCUUUUUAGAUGAUCUAUGCCUACCUCUUGUCGUUUCUGCAGAGCAAAUAUAAAUAGGUAACUAAGCCUUACAAAAAAGUAAAAGCUGGAAAUUUCUAUCUAUGUGUGGACAUAUAGAUUAAAUAAUUUUGAUCUCACUGCAAUGAGCCCAAACUUUGAUGUGGUGAGUCGGAAGAAUUAAUGGUUAGCUAUGCCUAGAGGGCAUCUUUUGGCCAACUCUAAUUGGUUCUGUCUUGAACCAUUUUUAAUCACUGUGCUGUAAUUAGCCUAGCUAAUCUUCUCCUUCAUUCCCAUCUUGACUUUUUAAAAGGGGUAUUUUUUUGUUUCUGUGUGAGUGAAUGUUUGAUAGUUAUGGGGAGGGGUAAUGCAUUUCAGAAACAUUUCACAUAUGAGCUAUUUUCUUACACACUGUCUUCUUAAGAAUGUAACUUCAUGAUGCAGGCAUUUAAUAUCUUUUUUUAAGUGGGCAUAGGUCUCUCUAUACACUAGUCAUCCUUAAAUAUAUGAAAUUGCAAUAGAUACUUGUCAGUAUAUUAAAAGGCAAGAUGAGUUUGCUGUUACUGAUAUGAAAUUGUAAGCUUUAACUAUCAAACUAGGUCUACUUUUGGCUUUUUUCCUUCAUUUAAUCUGGUCUCUCAAUUGGAAUUUUGUAUUCAAGUUGUAAUGACAAAAAAGACUAGAUUAUAAACAAGUUGUAAAUGCAUGCUGUCUCUUACCCUCUCUCUAUUUCUCUGUCUCCUUAAUAGCUUGUUCUCCAACCCCACUGUGGGAUCACUCUUAACAUGGUGAACUGGACUUGUUUAAAAGUGACUCUGAUCACAAAGCAAAAUUGAGAGGGACACUGCAUAAGCCUUUUGUUUUCUUUUAUAAUUGUAUUUAUGCUGCUUUUUCUUCCAAAUGGGCAUGGCAUGUUGUCACCAUAAAGGUCUGUUACUAAGUGCAUUGCCAAUAUGGUAGCUCUAAAUCCUAGGUGAUGAGAUUUCUGUGACAAAUAACAUAAUCUGUAGCAUAUUAUAAAUAAUUAUGAGUAUUUAUAGAAAUGGAUUUUUCCAAUUUACUGAGCCAGUCCAUUUAAUUGUCUAGUAUACACACUGUAUUGUAAUGGUGUGCAUAUUUGUGCACGCACAUAUUUGGUGUGUACACAAAACCUAUGAAACAUUCCCCAGACCAACAUCCCUCAUUUGCUUUGUUUGCCUUAUGACAUUACAGGAUUUGUUUUGAAGGGCAUCUUUUUUAUGAACAGAGGCUUUAAUGUGUGUUCCAUUCUUUACAUGUGAAUCAGGAAGAACUGCUUCCUGAGGAAGGUUGCACUCAAACUAGUCUGGUUAUGACCCUGCACAAGUUGUGUUUUUAUCAUUUUCAUUGUUAUCACUGUUAUCUAGCUUAGUUUUGCUUAUAAUGUUUGUAUUUUUGUGAAGUUUGGUUGAUGCCAUCCAUUGCACUGCUAAAGUGAUGCAUACCUGGUUUGGCUUGAUGCUGAUCACCAUGCAGGCAGUGUAACACAAAAACCAAAAAGGCUGGACAGACUUCAGUGUGUUCGUGAGUGUGUGUGUUAGCUUUGAAGAAUUGUGUGUGUGUGUGUGUGUGUGUGUGCGGGCAUUAGUGAAACCUUUAUCAUUGAAAGGAAACUGAUGCUCACUUAAAUGAGCAACUUGAUUUCUUAUAUAAGAAGUUUGGGUUGAUUAUGAAAUGAAAAUUAAUACUUUGAAGAAAUUGUAGGAGGGCACUGUGACAGAAUGGCUAAUUUAAAACUGUCUGUCAACAUGUUAAGAAUACCAUUGUUUAUUUAAAAUUAUUGUCUUGUUUUGUUUAAAAAUAAAUUUUGAAUACAAUCAAA